GCUGAGUUCCUAGUAGCACCGAACCGAGGAAGCUGUCCUCGCCUCACCUUCCCUCCAUUAAAUUCUCUCUCUGCUCUCCACCUCCCUCUCCUCUGUCCGCUCCACUGCUGCUCGAGCUGCCGCAAGCCGACUCCAUCGCUCGUCUGCUCGAGCUUCCGAGCUUGAAGAGGGAGGAAGCUCAAUCAUAUCAGCAGCCACGGUUGGGUUUUGUUCCGGCAGGAUUCGUGUUCUUUCUUCCUGGUCGAUUCAGGCGUCGUGUUUCUUGAGCGAGAUAUUCGAAGCUUGCUAGUUGCUUGCUUGUUUGUGUCCUCUGCUCGGGGCUCGCGCCGGCAUGGCGGCAUUACGGGUGGGGACGAGGGCGGUGGAAGGGAGGUUCCAAGGGAACGGGAACGGCGGCGGUGGCGGUGGCGUGGCGCCCUCGGUGCGCCUCCUCGCGGCGAACCGUGACGGGAAGCCGAGGGGCAGCCACUCGGCCGCGCCGGGGAAGCUCAGGCGGCGAGGCGGGCCCAUGCCGCUGUGGCGCGUCGCCGUCUUCGCCUCCGUCGCAUUGAACGUCGCCACCCUCGCCCUCCUCCUCCACCACUACGCCACCUCUCCUCCUCCUCCUCCUCAACACCACAGCCACGACGACGCCGCACCCGCAGCACGCAUCAGCUCGGGAAGCGCCGGAGCCGCGCGGACGACGGCGUCGUCGAUGGCGCCGUCGACCGGCAAGCCGGCGGUGACGCCGGACUCCGUCAUCAACCUCGACCACGGGGACCCGACCAUGUUCGAGGCGUUCUGGCGGGAGACCGGCGACGCGGCGGAGCUGGUCAUCCCGGGGUGGCAGACGAUGAGCUACUUCUCCGACGUCACCAACGUCUGCUGGUUCCUCGAGCCGGAGCUCGACCGCCAGGUGCGCCGCCUCCACCGCACCGUCGGCAACGCCGCCGUCGACGGCUACCACGUCCUCGUCGGCACCGGCUCCACGCAGCUCUUCAUGGCCGCGCUCUACGCCCUCGCCCCCGACGCCGCCGUCGCCGGCCAGCCCGUCAGCGUCGUCUCCACGGCGCCAUAUUACUCGUCAUACCCGGCCGUGACGGACUUCCUCCGGUCGGGGCUCUUCCGGUGGGCCGGCGACGCCGACACGUUCGCCGGCGACUCCUACAUCGAGCUGGUGUGCUCGCCGAACAACCCCGACGGCGCCAUCCGCGAGGCUGUUCUUGCUUCCAGGACCGGCAAUGGCAGGGCGGUCCACGACCUGGCCUACUACUGGCCGCAGUACACGCCCAUCACCAAGCGUGCCGACCAUGACAUCAUGCUCUUCACCGUGUCCAAGAGCACCGGGCAUGCCGGCACCAGGAUCGGGUGGGCGUUGGUGAAGGACACGGCGAUCGCGAGGAAGAUGACCAAGUUCGUGGAGCUGAACACGAUCGGGGUGUCCAAGGACUCGCAGAUGCGAGCCGCCAAGGUGCUCGCGGCCGUCUCCGAAGGCUACGAGCGGCGGCCGGAGCAGCCGAAGGGGACGGUGACCCCUCCUCCUCCGCCUCCACGUCUGUUCGACUUCGGGCGGCGGAAGAUGGUGGAGCGGUGGAGCAUGCUGCGCGCCGCCGCCGCCGCCUCCGGAAUCUUCAGCCUCCCCGACGAGACCUCCGGUUACUGCAACUUCACAAAUCAGACUGCCGCGACGAACCCUGCGUUCGCGUGGCUGAGGUGCGACAGGGAGGACGUGGAGGACUGCGCGAGCUUCCUCCGCGGGCACAAGAUCCUGACGAGGAGCGGGGCGCAGUUCGGGGCCGACCCGAGGUACGUCCGGGUGAGCAUGCUCGACAGGGAUGACGCCUUCCUCAUCUUCGUCAACCGCCUCGCGUCUCUGGGCUGACGAAGGUGAAGGCGAAGGACGCCGGAGGCGGAGACGACGGACUCGACUCCUCUCCCCGCACUGGCGCUCUGCUUAUCCGGUAGAAGACACUGACACGUGGGCCAUAGAGCAAGUGGGGCCCACUUGUCAGGGACCGUACGUGUGCCUGGGCCUGGCAGGUAGUGGCGAGACUCGAGAGCAUGCCCAUGAAGGAGCAUGAGUAGAAGAAGAGGAGCAUAGCUUUUCUCUCGCUUUUUUUUUUCUCUUGCUCUUUUCUUCGUCUUUUUUUUGUGGUAUUUCAAAUAUUUUGUUUUUCGAUGUUGUGUUCUAUGGCUAAGAAUGGCCUGUAUUGUAGCUUAGUGCAUGCGCGAUUUCACAUAUGGAAAUAAAUAAAUAAAUACUUUUCUUUUUAUUUCUAGGAUGGAACCUUUAAUUUUCGAGUA